CGGAUCUGAGUGGGGAGAGCUUGUAAACAUCUCAGUCCGAUUCGAACGAGCAAUGAGUAAGGUUCUUUCGUCGGUGUCCCGUUUCCUGGCCAGAGGGUACACCGUCCGGGCCAGUGAUCUCUCCAUCGCACCUGGGUCCUCCCUCCACGAGUACGUCUGGACUGGACUCCAGAGGGGCGACGCCCGCAAUGCUCUCCUCUGCUCCCAGACCGGCCGGAAGAUCGGCUACGAAAGACUUCGACAGGCCAGCGAGGGCUUCGCGUCCUGGUUGUCCAGCAACGCAGCGGGUCCACUCACGGUCAUGCUGCCCAACUCCGUGGAGAUGGUAGUCACGAGCCUGGGUGCACUCGAAGCAGGUAUUCCUCUCUCCCCCAUCAAUCCAGAUUCCAGUACUGAAGAGAUUUCGAGGAUCCUGAAGACGAUGUCCACAGAUUGGGUUGUCACCAAAUCUAGUCUUAUUCACAAUGUUUUAGAGGCGAAGAGAAUGGUUGAAGAACAGAGAAAGCAAGAAUAUCCAUUAGGUAUCAUAACUAUUGACGACGACAUAGUUUUCAACGGAGUUCUGCACUUUGUGGAUCUGACUGAAACGAAAGGGAUCGUCCAUAGGAGGAGCAACACAGCCCUUAUAACUCAGAGGUGGGGCGAUAACGGCCAGGAAAAGAAGGAGGUGAGUACGGAGAGUCUUCUAGCCAGCUGCCUUCAGGCUGCUUGGAGCGAUUUAGGGCCUGGGGACAGGCUAGCAGCAAGUGUACCAAUGUUCACCAGGUAUGGAUUGACUCAUGGUGUACUUUCAGGACUGGCUUCUGGAGCAGAGAUAGUCAUUUUACCGGCAGCCAGCGAUCUUACCACCACUGUUCAGAGGUACAAAGUGAAUGCGGCUUCAGCGGUCCCCAGCGCCGUAGGGCAGCUAGUGAAGAAUAGGCUGGUCGAUUUGCAAGGCCUGAGAUCGCUGACCAUCGCUGGGCAGUUGGGGACCGAAUGCCCCAGCCUGGCGGGGGUGAGCGUGACCCAGCACUACGGCCCGCCAGAGGGCCCCGUCGUGUUCAGCCAGCAGGCGGAGGGAGGGGCGGCCAGGGUGGGCCAGCCUGUGGCGGGGACCGAGGUGAGGGUGACGGCGGGGGGCGGCGAGGUGGGCCCGAUGAGCGAGGGCGAGAUCUGGGCCCGGGGCCCGCAGCUGGGGGACGCCUGGACCGCCACCGGGGACAGCGGCUACUACGACGCCGAGGGGACCUUCUACCUGACCCGGGCCGGGGGGCUGAGCCGGGAGGGGCUGGGGGUGUGGCCCGGCGAGCUGGAGGCGGCGCUGCAGCAGCACCCGGGGGUCUGCUCCGCCGCGGUGUUCGGGACCCCCAGCGCCCUCGUGGCCGCCGUCAUCCCCGCCGACCCCUACAGCCCCCCGGACCCGGCCGACGUGGUCUCCUGGCUGGCCGCCCGCACCGCUCCUCACAAGCGCCUCACGGACGUCGUCUUCAGUGCUUCUCUCCCGAUGACGCCUCAUGGACGAUUCGAUCGCGCUGUCCUGGCAGACAGAUAUUCCUCGCCCCUGAACUACGCCGCUGUGUCCUCUGUCUGAGGUAACGAGAGCUAGUUUUCUCUUAUUAAAUAUAAAUGUACAUUAUUCUUGUUAAGUGUAUAUAUUUCUAUUUAGACUGAUAUUUGUGAUGAUUUCUGUUAUUUCUUACAAUUAUUUUUUAUGAACUUUUUCUGGUUGUUAUUUCUUUUGUCUGACUUAAACACCAUGUACAAAUGUUAUGUUAAAGUUAAGUUAUUUCCCAGUUCGAGUCAAGUUAACCCAUUAACGCUGUUUCACUUUCGUUGUCUUCCAAAGUGCAGCCUGGAAUAAAACAAGUUCUCUUAUUUGUUUUUAAUUCAAACCGGUUUGGAAUUGAAAUCUAACUUUCUAAUAGAUAUAAACGUUAGCUAUAAACCUAUUUGUUGUGCAUAAUUUUGGCUUUUUCAUUUCCUUUUUUGAAAAUGCUUAGUCCCUAAUGAGGACAAGGCAGGUGUAUUAUCUUGCCACCUGUUUAUUGUUCCUACCCGACUUCACGCUACUGACCUCCUUCAUAAGUAGCGCCAGUAACUGGCCCGUGUUUUUGUUCAUUAAUCUAACAUAAACAAACCGUUCGAUUGAAUUAAUAUUUAUAAAUUUAAGAACAAAUUUUAUUUUUUUGUGAACGUUUUAAUUAUAAAGUACCCUAGACAUUAUUAAAAAAAAAAAUGUUCACAUUAUCA